GGGAGCCAAGUGGACACCCACGGCAGCCCGCCACAGUUUCCCAUGUUUCCUGCAAUCUGCUUUUUCGCACCGCGCGAUCUGAUUACUUACGCCGGAGACCUAACUGAACGCCGCCAUGGUGCACCACUCGGGCUCCAUCCAGUCCUUCAAGCAGCAGAAAGGCAUGCACACCAGCAUCAGUGAGAUCCUGAAGGAGAAGAGCCUGAAACCAUCUCGACGCAGCCUGCCCUGCCUGGCCCAAAGUCAGACCCAUCCAAUCAACCUCAACCACUUCCUGUCCGUGCCUCUGAGCCCAGACCCCAAACCAGACAUCGAGGGUUUGAGUCAGAGCAUCAGUACCUCCUGCAGCCUCCUCCCACCACAGACAGCAGAAGAUGGCAAAGAAGACCAUAUUGAAGAAACUGAAGUGAGAAUACGUGAGACCAGACCCGAGCAGCCCGUUCCUCCACCAAAGCCUGUCGGCCGUGCUAGAUUAGGGACUCGCACAGAUUCCCUCCAGGUAAAGAAGCGCUCUGACACGGGACUCUUCUUCCGAGAUGGGAAAAAGAGGGUAGAUUACAUCCUGGUUUACAAGAAGUCCAGUCCGCAGGUAGAAAAGAGAUGCACCUUUGAGAAGAAUCUACGAGCUGAAGGUCUCAUGCUGGAGAAGGAGCCCUCGUUGACGAACAACGACAUCAUGUUUGUGAAGGUUAACGCCCCCUGGGACACGCUGUGCAAAUAUGCAGAACGGAUGAACAUCCGAAUGCCUUUCAGGAAAAAAUGCUACUUUACAGACUGGAAGAGCAAACGCUUUGGCAGCAGGUUUCAUGUGAGAUGCCAACAGAUAAAGAGCUGGUUUCCCAGAAAUCCCAUGAAGCUGGACAAAGAGGCCCUGCCUGACCUGGAGGAGACCGACUGCUACACCGCUCCCUUCAGCAGAGCACGCAUGCACCACUUCACCAUCAACAACAGAGAGACGUUUUUUUCAAAUUCCACCAGAAGCAGAAUAGUUCAUCAUGUUCUGCAGCGCACCAAGUACGAAGAGGGAAAAUUAAAGAUGGGUAUCAACCGACUACUGGGCAACAACACUUACGAGGCUGCUUUCCCUCCACAUGAGGGUGGGUACAAGAGCAGACAUCCCAUAAAGACGCACGGUGCCCAGAACCACAGACAUCUUCUGUAUGAGCGCUGGGCUCGCUGGGGCAUCUGGUACAAAUAUCAGCCUCUCGAUCUGAUCAGGCGCUACUUUGGGGAGAAGAUCGGCCUUUACUUCGCCUGGCUGGGCUGGUAUACCGGCAUGUUGAUCCCCGCGGCCCUCGUCGGCGUGUUUGUCUUCCUCUACGGACUUUUCACCAUGGACUCGAGCCAAGUCAGUAAAGAGAUCUGCGAAGCCAACACCACCAUCAUGUGUCCCAUGUGUGAGGAAACCUGCGAGCCGUGGACGCUGAGUGACAGCUGCGUCUUUGCCAAGGUGACACAUCUGUUUGACAACGGUGGAACGGUUUUCUUUGCCAUCUUCAUGGCUAUCUGGGCCACGGUGUUUCUGGAGUUCUGGAAGAGGAGGAGGGCAGAGCUCACUUACGACUGGGAUCUCAUCGACUGGGAGGAGGAGGAGGAGGAGCUGAGGCCUCAGUUUGAAGCCAAGUACUCCAGGAUGGAGAGAGUUAACCCGAUCUCUGGCAAGCCUGAACCUUUCCAGCCCUUCUCAGACAAACUCAGUCGGCUCAUGGUGUCUGUGUCUGGAAUAUUCUUCAUGAUUUCCCUCGUCCUGACAGCUGUGUUUGCGGUGGUGGUUUUCCGUCUUAUUGCGAUGGAGAAGUUCGCCUCCUUCAACUGGCACUUUGUGAAGAAGAACUGGCAGUUCGCCACGUCUGGCACCGGCGUCUGCAUCAACUUUAUGAUCAUCAUGUCUCUCAACGUGGUGUAUGAGAAGGUGGCCUACCUGCUGACUAAUUUAGAGCACCCACGCACCGAGUCUGAGUGGGAGAACAGCUUUGCUCUGAAGAUGUUCCUCUUCCAGUUUGUGAAUUUGAACAGCUCCACCUUUUACAUCGCUUUCUUUCUUGGAAGGUUUGCUGGCAGGCCUGGGAAAUACAACAAGCUCUUUAAUCGAUGGAGGCUGGAGGAGUGUCACCCAAGCGGUUGUCUGAUCGAUCUGUGCCUGCAAAUGGGAGUCAUCAUGUUCUUCAAGCAGAUCUGGAACAACUUCAUGGAGCUUGGUUACCCCUUGCUGCAGAACUGGUGGUCCCGUAGGAAGAUAAAGAAAGGAGGGAGUGGAGGGCAUCACGUGGAGAAUAAAGCCCAGUUCCCACAAUGGGACAAAGACUGGAACCUGCAGCCGAUGAAUGCCCAUGGACUGGUGGAUGAAUACCUUGAAAUGGUUCUUCAGUUUGGCUUCACCACCAUCUUUGUAGCAGCGUUCCCGCUGGCUCCCCUCCUCGCUCUGCUCAACAACAUCAUCGAGAUCCGUCUGGAUGCUUACAAAUUUGUCACACAGUGGAGGAGGCCGAUGCCAGCCCGAGCAACAGAUAUAGGUAUCUGGCAUGGGAUUCUGGAAGGGAUCGGCGUCCUGGCGGUCAUCACCAACGCCUUUGUCAUCGCUAUAACCUCAGACUACAUCCCCCGCUUUGUUUACGCCUUCAAGUAUGGCCCCUGCAUGGACAAGGGCCGGCACCACGAGAACGAGUGCCUGCAAGGCUACGUGAACAGCAGCCUGUCCGUUUUCGACAUGGGGGAGCUGAAGAACAGCAGCCAGUCCAGGUACUGCCGGUACAGAGACUACCGAGCGCCGCCCUGGAGCUCCGUGCCCUACGAGUUCACCCUGCAGUUCUGGCACGUGUUGGCUGCCAGGCUGGCCUUCAUCAUCGUCUUCGAGCAUCUGGUGUUUGGGAUCAAGUCCUUCAUCGCGUACCUCAUCCCGGACAUGCCGAAGGACCUCUGCGACCGCAUGAGGAGGGAAAAGUACCUGAUGCAGGAGAUGAUGUAUGAAGCAGAGCUGGAGCAUCUCCAGAAGGAGAGAAAGAAGAACGGGAAGCGUUAUCACCACGAGUGGCCUUAGCUUUAUGCCCCCUCUGCAUCCACGACAUGCUGCCCAGCCCUCCGCUCACAGGCCCCGCCUCCUCCUGCCUGCCUGUCAUGUUGUUUAGCUUUGAGUCCAGCUUCGCACGGCUGAUUCUCGACACCAAAGACACCCUCCAGAGACCCGCUCCCGCUCCCGGACCUGUCAGGCUUCAGCCCAGAAGGCCGACCCACAUAACUCCCUUCACAUCUGUUUGAAGUCCGGUGUUCUGCACCGCCCUGCCCGGUCCUUCUCCCGCCUCCGUCCGGCAGGUCGCCCUUGGGUCUGUACUGUGUCGUGGUUUUAAGUGGGGAAAAACUUUUUAAAUGUAAUCUAUGCAGAUCAAGGGCUGCAGAUCACUCGUCCUGCACUUCUGUGUGGCAGCUAGCACUUUGCUUUGACCCUGCAGUGUGGUCCAGCUCGCAGCAUGGCCCCCCCCCCAGCAUCAGCAGACCCCAUACCCCAGUGGCAACGCUGCUGUGGCACUUUACUUCUUUUUUUAUGUCGUUGUUGCAGUGAUUCUUUUGACGUGACUACCAAAUAAAGCUGACACUGUUCUUAUAAAGUAACUAUAUAUCGCUGUUGACGCAUGCCAGUCGAUAUUUGUGGACAUUUCAUUAACCAAGAAAACCAACAGAUCUCAUCGUGGAGGUUGUUGACGUUUGACGGAGCGUUUGCAUGGUAUCACAGUUCUGUACUUUUGGUAGACAAAGUCCUCGUCUCGAUGCCUGGUUCAUUGUGAGCUGUUUGUCAGUCGCCGUGUUCCUGCUGAUUUUGACCAUCUCGAGUUGAUGGAACGUGAACUUUGUGAAACUUUGACCGUGCCUACAUUGUAACGAUAUAUCUGCCGUGCACAGUUGUGUCAGCAGCAUCACUUGUGGCCUGUGUUGUGCAGCACGUGAUUGAAAUGCAAGAACUGUUUUCUCUUAUCUUCCCGUCUUCCUGUCUGCUGUGAACUCCGUGAACUCUCCAGCGAAGCGUUUGCUUUGGAUGCAAGUCACACCACAGCACCGGCACGGCUCUCAGCAUGGGUCUCGGCAUGUGGCGACAGUGUAUGUUGUAAUGUGACUCCCGGCGUGAAGCAACGUAUACACUCGCCCGCAGCAUCCGCAGAUCUGCUCAUCCGUCCUGCUGCUCGCGGCCUGGUUCUCAUUUGCUGCUGGAAGCUCUGAAGCGUGGUUGAAGCUGGGAUAUCUUGGAAAUACCUGUGGCUUGGAUGUUCGGCUUGCAAAGAGCUUACGUUUACUGUUUCUCCCUCAGAACACACAAGCACAUUCUUCAUUUCCAGCCAUUUAUCGAGCCCACGUACAGACGCGGCUCUGACUGCUGGUUCUAUUAGGGAACUGAGAGUUUGGAUUUGUCAGACGCGGUCAGGUGGUGCGGCGUUGCAUUUUGCUGUGGUCAGUUGUGAUGCCAUGGACUGGAACGGCAUGUGCUCAGUAAGAUGGCGUUGUGGCGGCCGUUGCCUUGUAGACUGACGGUGUAUGGAUGAUUUUCCACAUCAGUGUUGGCAGGAUGCUGUGAUUGUUGACCCGAACAAACAAAAGAAUGGGCAAAGUUAUUUUUAUGAUCCUUGGAUUCAUGUUUUUUUCAUUUUGUUUUUUGUUUUCAACCCUCAGAUAGACUAAAUGACGUCCACAUUUCUCAGGUGUCCUCUGAAUGUUUGCAGAUGAUCAACUUUCUAUCAUGUUUUCUAUGAUGCAAUCAAAUGUAUCGUGCUUUUUUUAGAUAUAUAUUUUUGCACUGCUGUGCUUCUGCAUGACUAUUAUGCACAUUCCCAAUGUAAGGCAUGACUUUUCAUUUAUCAACUGUUUCUUGGAGUGGUGCAGUUAGUGAGUUAGAGCAGGUCAGAAAUAAUAAGGUGCAGUCACACUCCAUGGUGGAGACUUACUGUGUGUCGCAGGUUGUCAGUAGUUAAUGUCGCUUCAAGGUUCAGUCCAGUGAAUCAUGUUUCAUUUUUGCUUUUAAAUCUUGUUCCAGUACUAAAGCAACUACAGGAUCCUCCCUGCUAUGUGAACACUUCCAAUCUAUGCAUGUCGUUAUCCUCGAUUGCUACAUUUUAUUUUGAAGAAAUUCAGAUGUAAAUGUACCGGUACAUUUGUACUGUAGAGUAUGCAUGUCAUAGUACCUGCGUGUAGCAGAGCUAACUUUUGUAAAGUUUUUAACAAUGUCUUAAACAUAUCUCCUCUCUUUUCUUUCUGUGUUGGAUCAUUUUUGAAUGUGCAUAACGAGACGGAUGUCUCUUUAAUGUGGACUUUAUACCGUAGGAGUCCCUCUGAAGUAACAAAUAUGGUUCCACGUGACAUCUAAUAGGUUUGUUUGUCCACUUUCCAAAAUCGAACAGUUUCACAAUAAAUGCUAGGAAACUGUUUUAAAAGCAGUGUUUAAGCAAUGUGAUGCCUAGUUCCCAUCCCUUACUCUAACUGUGCAUCCAUUAAUACCUUUGGAUAGUUUUGGAUGGAUGAGACUCAAACUACCCAUCUCUUUUACCACCUUUUAAGCAUUAUGAACAAUGUACAGUUAUGCAAUAGUGAUUUUUGUGUUUCCCGUUCUCAGAGCAGAAAUUAAAGAAAAAAAUAACCAUUGAUACAAUUUUGACAGUUUCACAUUGUGCAAAGGUAUGUUUUAGCUAUUUUUGAAGCUUUAUCGUGAAACGGUGGACCAACACCCCUCUUAUCCUUUUAGACUCCAUGGAGGUUAACGUCAUCAUUUCCAGGAGGGUCUGAUGAGAGUCCUCAGAGUUUUUCUGCUUGGAAGCUCAGCUGGGAGUCAUUAGGACGUUUGUCUCCUGAUAGCCAGUACUCGAGUUGAGGCGGGAUGAGGGGAGAUGGCAUCCCCCCUGAAAUAAAAACAGUCAAAAUCAUCCCCCCUGUAAAACUGCCAUCCCCCCUUUCCAUCCCUUAUGUCAUUUCAUCAAUGAAUGUGGUUUUACUGCUAUUUCAACAUUUAGAGUCAUCACCAGAAAAAUAACACCAGACAAAUGUGACAAUUUUCA